UUAUCCUCCUGUUUAAUAAAAUAUCACAUUAUAAACUGCAGCAGUGACAUCGCUGUGACAUCACACCCCUGUGAGAUGAUGUCAUAGAACAGAAUCUGAUCAUGUGACGGUAAAAAUGCUGUUUUGGGGAACUACAAACGUCCUGAAGAUAAUAAACGGAGUGAAACCUCUUCAUGAACGUCUGCAUGCUGCCUGCAGGCGAGUGUGUUGCUGCUGCUGCUGCAGAGCACGACGCCUGCAAGGCAUCAUGGGUGAUGAAGAUGAGGCAGAUGGAUGCAGAGUCAGGUCAUGUGAUGUCACAGAUGUCAUCUAGAGAAGAAGAAGUUAAAGAAGGAUGUGAUUCUUCAUCCGCAGAGUCGUGUGUUGCUCUUUCAUUGGUGUUUUGAAGAGAAAAAGACGUGAAUCUUCCAGCAGGUCGACGAUGAGCAAAGAAAAUAAAGACGUGAUGAAGAAACCAACUCUGAACACAAAGACAGAAGGAAGAGUUCAAAUGAAGGCAGAUAUGAGACUAAAUGUUUGAUUAGUCCGAUGAAGAUGUUCUAUAAUGUGACUCUUCAGGAGAGUUUCUGUUAUUGAUGAACCGGCGUCUGACUGCUGCUUGAAACUUGUGUCGUUUCUUACUGGACGGAUGUAAAAGGCUGAAAACAAACAUGAGUUGAUGCUGCAGCUGAUCUGACGGUUGAAUGAACUGAACAUUAAAGAAGCAGCUGUGGAUCAUUAACGGUAUAAAAUCAUCUUUCAGUUCUUUAUUUAUGCAUUUAUUUGUUUAUUUGUUUCAUGUUGUUGCCAUGGACACCAGCAGCAUUUGUCUGUACUGUCUCUGAACCGACAACAAACACAAACACAUUCUGUACUUUUGUCAAUAAAGUUAUGUCUGAUUUGAAUUUGAAUCAGAGGUGUAGAGAUGAUUGACAGCUCCUCAGGGAUCAGAUCAGAUCAAUCAAUGUGAUUGACACGUUAGGCUGGUUAUAGUUAUCAAUAUCCAUCUGUAGUUUCACUGGACUACAAAUAUGGAGGCAGCUGAUUUGCUCCUGUUGAGUUUCUGAGCAGAACACAAAUAUUUUACACUUAAACACUUAAAUUCACUCAAAUUAAACAUAUUUAAUUAUGUAUUGAUACGUAUUGAUAUUGAUUGUCUAGUGAAUAUAAUUAUGAUAUUUAUGAUAUCAGAUGUCAUGUUGUUAUUGAUCGUCAGUGUUUUGGAUAAAGUCACGUGCUGCGCGUCACUGUCAGAGUAUUUAGCGGCGGAGCGGCGGAGCGGAGCGUCAGUCCGGCUGCACGCGGGGAAGCAGCGGGAUCUCAGCGUCAACAAACGGAAUAUCUUCAUCACACUCAUCUUCACCGGAUGUUUCUCUGACUUUAGGAGUGUUUUUACCUCCGCGCCGUGCCGCUCCGUGCUGCCGCUCUGUGCCGCUGCUCCGGCGGAGGAUGGAGCAGAAACACGCGGUCGGACUUCUCCGCAGCGCGGCGACGCGUCGCUGCAGGACGCUUCGCCUGCAGUAGCGGCAGUUCUUCAACAUGUGAACUUCAACAGACUUCUGUGUGUUUUUUAUUUUGUCCAAAGAGGCUCCGCUCCGCUCCGCGCGCUGCGUAACGGUAACACUUUUACGCACAAAGGAAACAGCAGCGCGUGAGCGACGUCCCGACAUGUUCUCCGAGCUGAGCGACAUGAACCUGACCUCCAACUUCAGCGCCGACGAGCCGCUGUCCGCGCUGGAGCCGGACUGGAGCGACACGCCGCAGCAGCGGCUGUCGCGCAGCGGACACCGCGUGGUGUCGGUGUUCCUGGGCUCCAUCAUGGUGUUCGGAUUCCUCAACAACCUGCUGGUUCUGGUUCUGUUCUGCAGGUUCAAGACCCUGCGGACCCCCGUCAACAUGCUGCUGCUCAACAUCAGCGUCAGCGACAUGCUGGUGUGCGUCUGCGGCACGACGCUCAGCUUCGCCUCCAGCCUGCGGACGCGCUGGCUGUACGGGCGGCACGGCUGCAUGUGGUACGGCUUCAUCAACUCCUGCUUCGGUAUCGUGUCUCUGGUGUCCCUCGCCGUGCUGUCUUAUGACCGGUACAGCACCCUGCUGGUGUACAACAAGCGGUCCCCGGACUACAGGCGGCCGCUGCUGGCGGUGGGGGGGUCGUGGCUGUACUCGCUGCUGUGGACGGUGCCUCCUCUGAUUGGCUGGAGCAGCUACGGGCUGGAGGGGGCGGGGACCAGCUGCUCGGUGGCGUGGACGGAGCGGACGCCGCGCUCGCACUCCUACAUCAUCUGUCUGUUCGUGUUCUGCCUCGGCGUGCCCGUCCUCGUCAUGGUGUACUGCUACAGCCGGCUGCUGCACGCCGUCAAGCAGGUGGGUCGGAUCCGGCGGACGGCAGCGCGGCGGCGAGAGUUCCACAUCCUGUUCAUGGUCUUCACCACGGUGGUGUGUUAUCUGCUCUGCUGGAUGCCGUACGGCGUCGUCGCCAUGAUGGCCACAUUCGGCCGGCCGGGACUCAUCAGCCCGGUGGCGAGCGUCGUGCCGUCGAUUCUCGCCAAGAGUAGCACCGUCAUCAACCCCGUCAUCUACAUCCUCAUGAACAAACAGUUCUACCGCUGCUUCCUGAUCCUGCUCGGCUGUAAACACCAGUUGACGGAGAACGGCGCCUCCUCCAUGCCUUCCAGGACCACCGUGGUGCAGCUGAACCGCCGGACAUUUCCCAGCAGCCCCGUCACCAAACCCACCGCCGUGGACCCGGAGGGAAUCAGCGCCACCCUGUCGGACAGGACGGACCAGAUCGAGCCGCCGGCGAGGCCGGAAAUCUCCUCGUGAGGACAGAAAAACAUACGAUCUGACUAAAACUUAAGGGGCGGGGCUAAAGAACUGUCCCGCCUUCACUGGUGUCAUGUGUCACAGUAGCUCCGCCUCCUGGAAACUCGUCACUGAUGUGUGCUCGAUGUCACCCCAAAGUGUCGCUGUAUCAUCCGAAAAUCUCAACGCUGUGAUUCGCCUACACUGUGGAGGUAUGGAGGCUCGUUCAUGUCAUAACUCUGAGUGACGUUAUCUUAAAACCUCUGCUCAUAAUUUAUAAUCACUAUACAAACAAUAAAAACAAGUUAAAGUUUAAAUACUUAUAGAUUAUAAUAAUAUCUGGGUAACUAGAGUAUAAACAGUUAAUAGAUGAUUGAUAAUAUUCACUAUAAUCACCCGCUUAUAGUGAUCAUUAUAACCGAUUUUCUUCUUCUUUAUUUCUUAUGCAGAUUAUCAUCUAAUUGACAUUUGUAUAUUUAUAACAUGAAUAUAAAGUCAUGAAAAAGGCAACUUCGCUAUUUCCUGAAUUUUAUUGACUGUUUCAAAAUGCAGAACAGCUGUUUAAUCGCUUGUUGUUUCACUGCUGCAUCUCGUUUGCUCGUUCCUGGCAGUUUGUCAUAAACUUCAAGGAGACGACGUUUAUCACUGGCAGCAGACGGGUUGUGUGUUUAAGUGAAGUGUUUAAGAGGGGAGGACAUUUCUCUUCGUUCAAUCACGUUAAGAGUAAAGUUAUGUUUUGCUGACGGCUUCCCGACUCAUUUUAAUAAAGAUGAGAGAGAGAGAGAGAAGCAGUGGU